AUGCUCAGAAGGGAGGAGGGCCUCCGCCUGGAGCUGGAGGUUUCGGCAGCAAGGGCGGCGGUGCUGGAAAUCCCUUCGGGGUCGCGGCUGGUCCUGGGGGCCCUGGUGGCUUUGGAAGCCAACCUCCUGGUGGCUUUGGAAGCCAACCUCCUGGUGGCUUCGGGAGCCAACCGCCGGGAGGCUUCCAAAGCCAACCGCCGGGAAGCUUCCAAAGCCAACCGCCGGGAGGCUUCGGAGGUGCCCCGAAGGGCGGCUUCGGCAAAGGCCCAGCCGGACCUUUCGGUGGUGGAGGUGGAGGCUAUGGCGGCUGGCCGAGCUAAGGCCUCCGGGCGGGGGCCCAGCCGAGACUUGGUGGCAGCCCGCGUUUGA